CAUGGAUAGAGUGAAGUGUUUAAGAUUGUUCUUAACUAUAAUUUUGACUUUUGUCAAAUUUACUGUUAGUCAUAGUCAUCAGAACUACUAUGAUGGACUGAUAAAAAAGUUCAGCGCAGAUGGAAAACUUUCACGUAGUCAAUUUCAAAAACUGGUCUUGGACGUUACAUCUCAGAAAUUACCACCAGCAUUUGUCGUUGAUUGCAUGGGCAAAACAGAAGAUAUAGACUGCUUACAAAAUCAAACAAUUCAAUGUUUGGGGUAUGAUGAAAUAUUUAACAAAUAUUCCAACAGUAAUGGAAUGGAUCAGUUAUCUUUGGAAGAGGCUGUUCCAGCAUUGUUGUUUUAUACACAGGAUGUCGACUGUAAUAUUAUGGCUGAAGUCCAUAGUAAACACAAAAAACCUACAUCAGCUCAAGCUUGGGGUUAUGGUUUUGGAUUUGUCAGUUUAAUCGUGUUUGUAUCUAACGUUGGCGCAUUACUUGGACCCUGUAUGAAAAGCAAACUAUUCAAACGAAUUCUAAUGUUUUGUGUUGCUUUAGCGGUUGGUACGUUGGCAGCAACGGGACUUCUAGUCCUAAUACCCGAGUCUUUGGGAUUGACCGGGGCGGACAGUCCCGUCCCUGAUUACAACUGGAAAAUGACUUCAGUUAUUGGAGGAAUAUAUUUUGUAUUCGUAUGUGAGAGACUUCUAAAAAUGUGGUUCUUCAGAAAAAAGGGAAAGGCAAAAAAUGAAGAAGAACAAGUGAUUCAAUUUAACCCUGAGAAGAAAAUGGAUCAAGGGCACUCCCAUUUUGACCAAGAAGACAUAGAAAAAGGACAUGACGGAGUAGCUUCUGUUGCCUGGAUACUUUUAGUUGGUGAUGCUAUUCAUAAUUUUGUAGACGGUUUAUCUAUUGGUGCAGCAUUCACUGAAAAUGUUUUUACUGGAAUAAGCGUAUCCUUAGCUGUAAUUUGUGAAGAAUUACCACAUGAGUUAGGAGAUAUUGCAAUAUUGCUUCAUUCUGGGUUAUCCAUGAAGAGGGCGUUGUUUUACAACUUCCUGGCAGCUGUCACGUGUUACGGGGGACUAGUUAUUGGUAUCGUUGUUGGAGAAAGCACGGAUGCUAAUAUGUGGAUAUUUGGUUUUGCUGGUGGAUUGUUUGUUUAUAUUUCAUUAGUUGCCAUGAUUCCUGAAAUGAACGAACAAGCUGCGUUAUCAAAGAAGAAUAAAACAGAAAGUUCAACCCAAGUGUUUUUAUAUCAGAAUGCUGGACUACUAAUCGGUUUUCUCAUUAUUAUUCUGAUAUCUUACUAUGGGAAGUACAUUGACAUGUAAACAAAGGUCUGGAUGGGGUUUUCCAAGCAGAGAAUGAUGCGCUAAUUAUAGAUUAUAGAAAUUAUAGAUUAUAAAUUAUAUCGAUGAUCAUCUCAACGAGAUUGGUUUUCUCGCUUGAGCCGGGACGGCGAAAGGGAGAAAAGCAAUCGAGUUGAGAUGACCAAUGAUAAUCUGUUUAUCGCUAUUUUACCUAUGACGACGUGUCAAUUUCAAUACCAACGCCACGUACCUCCUUAGUUUCUAGCUUCUAACGAUAACUUUCCAUCUCAAGCGAGUAGCAUGAUAUUGAAUAUAAUCACAAAUAAUGAUCAAAGGAAAAAUGCACAAAAUAGCGAUAAUACGGCAUAA